AUGACCACCAAAGACACCAUUUCCAACAUUCCAAGCAAGUGCGCUGCAUCAGCCCUGCAAUUGGGGCCUCGCAAAAAAAUCUCUACGUCUGAUCCUCUCAUAUCCCACAGGCGUCACUUUGGUCGCACAGUAUUUGCGCUGGGUAACUACCCCUCUCUACUCACCAAUGGUAUCCUCAGAUUAGAACAAAUGGAGGACUUUUCUGCUGAUCUUCUGGAGUGCCUACAAAAUGGGUCCGAGGAAGAAAUUCUCCACGUUGGAGAGCUGGUGCAUUGCAAAGGGGCUGCAGGUGCAAGAGGUGACGAUACAAAAAUGCUCAAGUCUGCUAUACUUGAUUGGAUUGCUCCAAAAGGGGCAGCAAUCCAGCCUCCUUUGCACAGGAACUCAAAAAUCGAUCGCAGUCAAUUGUUGUCUCGUUACAGCAGAUUCAACCACGAGCUUACCGGAUCACUGCUAUGUCCCGCUGGAUUGGACCGGAAUGAUACACAAACGAGGGAGAACCUCCGAAGCAGUGAAUUGUCGGUGUGCAGAGAUCAAUGGCCAAUUUUUUUGUUCGCCCACCAUACAUAUGACACAGAAGACCCGUGGUGUGGGCUUCUUAGGAGCCGCUUACUGGUAUGCGUUCGAUUCGCUAUAAGCUCCUCUUCAGUGUUCUCACGGACUGACACUACUAUGGACUCGGAGACCUUUUACCAUAGCCUUCUUGAUCUUUUUGAGGACCCUGAUGAAUCGAAGGAGGUUGAGGAGCUACUGACAUGGUGGAAUCGUCAAGUUUUUCCUACUUCCUCUGCUGCCAAGCGAUCAGUCAGCACCAACAGUGCCUUAUCGAAAAUCCGACUCAAGCGCCUUGCGGCCAAACAGGCGGCAGAUUCAAAUACAGUCUCUUCAUAG